AAGAUUUUUCGGAUUUUCUCCAGUUUGUCAUUGGACUAUUAGGGUGUUUAUUUUAUGCCAUUAGAGGGCGUUCAAUGACAUCGAAAGUAAGGUUCGAUGCCAUCGAAUAUGGCUCGAUGUAAUCGAGGAUUUCCAGAAAAUCAUGUUUUGUCUCUGGACAGUUGAGGUGUUAUUUUGAUGCUAGCGAUGUAGCUUCGAUGCCAUCGAAGGAUUAGUUUCAAUGACAUCGAAGACUGUUCGAUGCCAUCGACAGUUUCCACACAAUUUUACGCAGAGUUGCAAUUUUGCGGGAUUUGUUUCCGAUUUUGCUUGAGAUCCUUCUUUAGGCUAUAUAUAUAUGGGUGUAAGCAGGAUUGGGAGGUACUUCUAGGGUUUCUAAUUCGUCUAUGGGUUUCAAAGGUUGUAGCAAGGGUGUGAUUCAAGGUUGUUCGAAUUGGGUAAGCUCUUUUUGUUAUUUCCGCUUUCAUAGUGAUCAUCUGUCGCUUUGUGCCGUGGUUUUUUCCUACAAGGGUUUUUCCACGUUAAAUCGUUGUGUUAUCUUUGUGUUUGCUUGGCGCGAUUGGAUUACUCUCCUAGAUUCAUCUUUGUGUGCUUCCGCAGUCCCCAAACAAGUGGUAUCAGAGCUAACGUUGGGGCAUAGGCUUGAAUCUGUAAGGAGAAGUAUCAAUGGUAGGAAAUCCGAAGUAUGACAUUGAGAAGUACUCAGGCAAAAAUAACUUUGUGUUAUGGAAGAUUAAGAUGAUUACUCUAUUAACUCAACAAGGGCUAGAUGAGGCUCUUAAGGAGUGACGUGAGUCUAUGAAUGAUGAUGAUUGGAAGACUCUUGAUAAGAAAGCUAAAUCCUUAAUCCGAUUGUGUUUAACGGAUGAGGUUCUCUACAACGUCAUGAGGGAGAAAACCGCAGCGGAGUUGUGGGUGAAGUUAGAGGACGUUUAUGCCAAAAAGUCCCUGGAAAAUUGCCUACACUUGAAGUUGCAGUUGUUCAACUUCAUAAUGACAGAGGAUGGAGAUGUGGAGGCCCAUAUCAGUAAUUUUAACAAGUCGAUUUGCAAGUUGCUAGACAUAGAAGAAGUGGUCAAAGAUGAAGAUCAUGCAUGUAUUUUGCUGAAUUCUCUACUAGCAUGAGUCUUUCAGGGGCUCUGUGUAAUGGUAAUAUGUCCCUAAGUGUGGACACUGUUAUCUCAACCCUUCAAGGAAAGGCCAUGAGAAAGAAAAACAGUAACAUGGGGGCUUCUUCUGAUGCACUGCUUACGAGGGGUAGGAAUACUGAGCGAGAUACAGGAUCUUCUCAGUCGAGAUCCAAAUCCAAAGGCAAGGGCAAGGGCAAGUUAAAGUGCUGGAACUGUGGGAUGGCUGGGCACAUGAAGAAGGAUUGUACAAAUCCUAAAGCGAAGAAAGAAAACUCAGAGGCUCCUUCUAGGGAGGCCAACACUACCACAUCUAAUGAAGAGACGAGUGGAGGUAAUGUGUUGUUAGUGUCUAUGAUCCGACACUUGUAUGAUGAUCAUAGAGACAAGUGGAUCCUUGACACAAGGGCUUCGUAUCACAUGAUUCCUCAUCGGAGUUGGUUCACCAGUUACAGGGAGUGCGAUGGUAGACGGGUGUUUAUGGGCAAUGACAAUGCCUGUAACGUUGUGGAUGUUGGUAGGGUACGCAUUAAGAUGUUUGAUGGGAUGGAGGGUACCUUGAUUGAGGUCAGGCACAUUCCUAACUUGAAGAAGAACUUGAUUUCUCUCAGUGCAAUCGAGGCAAUUGGGUGCAAGUUCACCGGUGUUAAUAGUGUCCUUAAAGUAUCAAAGGGGGCACUUGUGGUUAUGAGAGCGCAGAGGCAUGAUAACCUUUGCAGGUUGAUCGGGAGUACUUCAAUAGGUGGAGCGGCAGCUACUGUUGCGGACUCCACGUCUGCAUGUAUGUGGCAUGCUCAUCUGGACCACAUGAGUAAGCGGGGCAUGAAGGAAGAGAAAAAUAUUGCUACAGUCCAAAAUGUUCUCGCAGUCAUAAGAGGGUGGGAAGAACCGGAUCGCUACAUUCUCCUUGGCAACCAUAGAGAUGCAUGGACAUACGGUGCUGUGGACCCUAACAGUGGAACUGCUGCACUUCUUGACAUUGCCCGCCGAUUUGGCCUUUUGCUACGCUCGGGAUGGCACCCUCGGAGGACCAUUGUUCUCUGCAACUGGGAUGCAGAAGAGUUUGGAAUGAUUGGAUCAACUGAAUGGGUUGAGCAGAAUCUUGAAAAUUUGGCCUCGAAAGCUGUUGCCUACCUUAAUGUCGAUUGUGCUGUUCAAGGGCCUGGUUUCUUUGCUAGUGCGACACCCCAACUUGACAAUCUCCUGGUUGAAGUUACAAAGCAGAUCAAGGAUCCAGAUUCAGAGGGCAUGACUGUCUAUCAAACGUGGGUUGCUGCAAAUAGAAACAUCAAUGUUGGAAGGCUCAGCGGAAUGGAUUCAGAUUUUGCUGCAUUUGUGCAACAUGCUGGGAUUGCUUCUGUUGAUUUAUACUAUGGAAAAGAUUUUCCAGUCUACCAUACUGCUUUUGACUCUUACGACUGGAUGAAGAAAAAUGGAGAUCCAUUGUUUCACCGUCAUGUGGCAGUUGCUGGAAUUUGGGGACUUCUAGCCCUUCGCCUAGCUGAUGAUCCAAUCUUACCUUUUGACUAUCACUCUUACGCAGCUCAGCUGCAGGAGCAUACAAAGGCAUUGAGUGUCUUAUUGGACAGUGACAUCUCACUUCGUCCCAUAAAAGCAUCCAUUCAGGAACUUGUAGCUGCAGCGAAUGGAAUUCAGGAAUUAAAGAAACUGGGAGAGCAAGAGAGCAUGGAAAACCCAUUAGAGCUGUGGAGACGAGCACUCAAUGAUCGUUUGAUGCUUGCAGAGAGAGGCUUCUUGGGAGCUGAUGGCCUUAAGGGAAGACGGUGGUUCAAGCAUCUGGUAUAUGGACCACCUAAUGACCAUGAAAGCAAGCUGAGUUUCUUUCCUGGAAUAGCAGAUGCCAUCUCUCGAGGCGCGAAAAUUACUAAAACAGAACGUCAAUCAGAUGUCCAGCAUGAGAUAUGGAGGGUUGCCCGGGCCAUUCAGAGGGCUGCGAUGGUGCUUAGAGGAGAACUGACAUAAAGAACUGACUUGAAUCUGGAUGUGUAUGUAAAUAUGCACUAACAUAGAUUGUGUUUCCACUUUUGUGCUUGGAGAAGUUAAAUGAGGAUGCAUUAUGUAAACAUGUACUAACAAAAAUUUUGUGUUCUCUUUUGAGAAGUUGGAGGGAAUUGGUUUUUGGGUGUGUUCCA